CCGAAACGGAUGACUUCUCAUUUGACCCCUUUCGUUCUCUCUCCUCCGUAGGCGAUGCCGACCAAUCUGUUCUCCGGUCAUCAUCCGCCCUAACGAUCCUGCGUGAGAUCCACUUCCGAUGUAUCCCUAUCGACGGAUCCUUUCCGAUGGACCAGAGCACGACGACGAGUGCCCUCCCUCCCUCGCCCUCCUUCCUCCUCCUCCGCUUUCCAGCCCCGAACGUCAACACAGCCUCCGCCUCGCCAACUUCCUCCUGAUCGGCGCCUCCAUCUUUGCGGCCGCCCUCCUCUUCUUCUUCACCUACUACGCUGUUCUCCGCCGUCGCCGCCGUCCCCCGCGCGACGCCGCUGACUUAAGCCUCGGAGGUAAUCAAGACGAUGGAUCGUCGUCGGGUGAUGGGGAUCCGUUCCAACACGUGUGGUACAUCCGGACAACCGGCCUCGACGAGUCCAUCAUCAGCUCCAUCUCCGUGGCGGAGUACCGCGCCGGAGACGGCCUCCUCGAAAGCGCCUCCACCUGCUCUGUGUGCCUUGGCGAGUUCUGCGAUGGGGAACGCGUCCGCCUGCUCCCUAAGUGCGGCCAUGCGUUCCACGUACCCUGCAUCGACACCUGGCUCCGAGCUCAUGUCAAUUGUCCCCUCUGCCGGGCUCACAUCGUAGAUUCCCAGGGCGAGCCUGCACUCGCUUUCCCGGACCUCUCUAUCUCUAAUUCGAGGGACUCGGUGGACUCCGACUCAGUAUCCUCCGCUGUUGUGGAUAGCCAGAUAGGAAACCCUCUACUGGAUGAACAACAAAACGGAGGAUCACGGAGCUCGAUUGACUUAGGGAUUCCGAUCAACCCUUCUGAAGCAUUUGAUUCAUUUCCUGAGUGUUCUUCGUCGCAAGAGCAAAUUGACAUGGGUGCUAAUAUUCGGCAGCCGGUUAGGCGAUCCGUCUCAAUGGACACACCAUUUAUGAAUUCUAUCACUGUUAGAAUCGAGGCAGGACAAAUAAUCUUUGAAAAGAAUGGGAAAGAUACAAACUUCAUGGAAGGGAGUGCAACAAAGGGCAAUUCCUCCAAAGAGAUUGUUAAUCAGAAGGAUGGUUCUGAUAUGGAAAGAUCGGUUUCUACCAAUGGAAGAGGGUACUUUUUCUCAAGACAUGGGCGGGUUGCCAGAAUCCACAGUAUGCCUAUGUAACAUGACAUCUGUUAGCUUUUAGACAAGUUUUAUAUUAAUAUUAUGGAAACAAAGUGCAGUCAGCCAAUUCAGGAGUUUGUCAUUUCUGUUUUUAUCUAUGAUGUAUUAGGAUGGAGUUCAAUAUUUUACCUUGGCCGAGGACUUUGGUGGCGGUAAAGUAAAUAACUAAAACUUUGUUAAGGGCAAGUUGUUGGAUGCUUAACUUCCAUCAAUUUUCUGCUCAGCAAAGCAAGCUUGUCGGGUCAUUGGAUGUUGCAAAAAUAAACAUUUGGUUUGAAUCUCUA